AUGGAUCCGAACACACAGCGACUGGCACCGCCGGUCGUGCACCCCACAACAGGGGUCACGAGCGAUGAUGACUCAGACGUGUUUGUGACGCCCCCCGAGUUCAGUGAUCUAGUCGUGAGUGGGAUGCUGAAACCGAGCAGUGACAUGCACACUCCCGCGUCAAUUCCUUCCUUGUUGGAGGAGGAGGCGUUUCUGCGCGAUUUGGAGGAGACCCAGAAAAUCAACCGCCGAAUUCUGGCGCGGGAGACAGACCCGGACUACGAAUCAGAUGGCGAAGGCGCCGCAAAGGACCUCGCUGCGCUGGCCGACAGGCAUCCUGUAAAUCUGCCGUUCUCACCGCUUCCAUCCUCCGAGAGGACGUUUUUUGAGACCGCACCUGUCGAUACGGGACCUGUCGAGACGGGACCUGUCGAGACGGCACCAAUUGAGACCGUAACGGGUGAGAGGGAGCCAAGUCCCAGACCGGCCGGGGGUGCCACUAUGGAGGACCUGAUUAGCAGUUCGUGUAACCAUAAGUUCGUGCACAAGCCGCUUGACACGGUCGUCUCGAAUACUGGGCGCGAAACGAGCUCUGAACUCGGGGCAGAGACGACCGCCGCGAGAACGCUGAUGAGAACACGUACGGACCGGUUGCGUAAAGCGAGGGAGCUAGCGGAAAGGAACGCGUCGAGAAGGACCUUAUCGGGAAGGACCCCAUCGGGAAGGACCCCAUCGGGAAGGAACGAGUCAGAAAGGAGAACCCCGCCGGGAAGAAGCGCGCCUCCCGGGAGACGGGCCCUGCCCGGAAGAAGCGCGCCUCCCGGAAGGAGUUUCGUUGACACGAGUGUGGUGGAGCGGACUCGUCUGGCGGGUAAUAAUCUCGAGAAAUGGCUUGCCCUUGAGCGCGGCGGUGCCGGUCGUGACGCUGGUGGUGGCCACGUCGUCGAGAGGGAGCGUCGGACGCCUGUGGAGAUGUUUGUAUCGUUUAUGGACCCGAUAACAGGUCAGUUAGAUUUGGAUCGUUACUGCGAGUAUUUGGAGAAGUCUGCGCGGAUGCAAAAGCAUCUGGACAACGUGACAGGUGAGGCGGCGAGGCGGGAGCAGGAGCGGUUGUUACAGCAGGUGCGUUUUACACGUUCGCCUUCAGGUGGUGUUCGUCGUCUGGCGAUCUCGCUCAAGGCAUGGAAACAUAGACGUCGAGCGAACUUCCAAAAACAUCCUCGAAUCAAAGCACGGAUGCAGGCGAAGCGGCGGCCCCGGAGAAAACAGGUGACCUUCGACGUGUCGCCUCACCCCCACUAUGCUGGCUCCGGCCCCGGCGAACAACCGAUGGCCGACAGACAUGUUCGUACGAUGUUCCGCUAUCUCGAGUCCCGGCUCGACGACAGUGGCAUUCGCUACCGCAGACAGGCCAGAGUGCCACCCUUCCAGAGCUUCGGCUCCAUAGUCACCCCCAUGCCACCUGCCCCUCUUCAGGCCCCCACCAUUGACUUUUACGCCCGCGCCAAACGCGGACGCGCAACGGUCAAGUCAACUGGCAGCCAAAGGAAAGACACAGACGGGGGCUCGUCGCUGGCAGGCGGCAUGGACACGCUCGCCCCCGAACGUGAGUCCAAGGUCGCCACCUCCGAAGAGUACUACGGCACCGUGCGACCCGGCUCGGGGUCGCUGCCGGACGUGUCCUCCACAGACCCGUUGCGCUGCUCUCUGCCCUCCUCCUUCUCCAUUGACUCCUCCCUGGAGGAUGACCCGGCCUCGCUGGAUGGUCCGUCGACGGCCCACCCGGCGACCGACCACUCAAACUUUCUCCCCAGUCCGGUGACCGACCGGCCUGCUGCACCACAGAUAGAAAAACACUUCAGGCGAAAAAACCUCGGGCGAAAACACAACUGGUCGGCACCCGUCAGAGGGUGCUCUACGGGGUGCGCUAUCCGAGAACUGGAACGGGAGGACGCUUGUGCCAUCAUCAAAACCUUUCCGUCUUUGCUGGACCUGUUCGCGGAACUCGAGAUAGGAAGCUUAGGCGGGUUCGACGAAGGCGCAAACAUCCGGUGGGCGAAGCAGUUAGUGCUAGAGGCUACGACGGCCCUGGACGACUCCGCGUUGAAGGAGGAUCCGGUCACGAAAAGUCAUAUGCUGGAUGGCUCUCCGAGUUCUUUGGGAACAAAUCGGAUUGGCGCCCUCAAGCAGGCCCUAGUGGCCGGUUCACUCCUUGCCCAUAGACGUCCGCUUCACGAGAUGUCCCUCUGCGAGGCGCUGCACUCGGCCCCAUUCGGAUCCGCCGCGUUGCUCGCCGCGUUACACCGGACGUUCUCCCACAUCGCCGAUGUCCGACUGACUAUAACCGACUUACACCACUUGACUCAAUUCCUCAACAACACCCAACGGCACCGCCGCGUUGCCUCUCAGGCUGCGCAAGUCGGAGCCUACCUUCAACACCGCCGUAACGAACCGGACAAGUAUCACCACCUGCGGGAGAUCGCGGAGGAGACGAAAGGUAAGAACGGCUCUUGCUCCCCCGACCUCGGCGCCAAUUGA